CCGUGAUCAAGGUCCAUGCAUGGCAUUAACAAAUUAAUCAUUAAUUAUUCUUGUGUGUUCAAUUCUUGUUUCUUUCGUUGAUGCAUUUGUUGUUGUGUAGUAGGCCUUGAUCGAUCGAUCCACGGCAGAGGCGAUCCGUCCAUGGCCAUCAAGGGCAACUCUGGCGAGUACAAGGCGCGGAGCCCGCUGGGCAUGGUGAUCGCCGUCCUGCUGUGCUGCUUCUUCUACGUGCUCGGCGCGUGGCAGCGCAGCGGCUACGGCAAGGGUGACAGCAUCGUGGUGGCGGUGACCCGGCAGACGGCCUGCGCCAGCGCCUCUGCCGUGGGGCUCAGCUUCGAGACGCACCACACCGGCGGCCUGGCCAACGCGACGACGUCCGGCCUUGGCGGCAAGCCGCCGCCGUCGUUCGCGCCGUGCGCGGCAGCGCUCACGGACCACACUCCGUGCCACGAUCAGGACCGCCGAAAACAUGACCGCGCCAUGAAAUUCCCACGCAAGAACAUGGUGUACCGGGAGCGGCACUGCCCGUCGGACGGCGACCGGCUGCGGUGCCUCGUGCCGGCGCCGCCUGGGUACGUGACGCCGUUCCCGUGGCCCAAGAGCCGCGACUACGUCCCUUACGCCAACGCGCCGUACAAAAGCCUCACCGUUGAGAAGGCCGUCCAGAACUGGGUCCAGUACGAGGGCGCCGUAUUCCGUUUUCCCGGCGGCGGCACCCAGUUCCCCCACGGCGCCGACAAGUACAUCGACCAGCUCGCCUCCGUCGUCCCCUUCGCCGACGGCUCCGUCCGCUCCGUCCUCGACACCGGCUGCGGCGUGGCGAGUCUCGGCGCAUACCUAGACUCCCGUGGCGUGAUGGCCAUGUCGUUCGCACCGCGCGACUCGCACGAGGCGCAGGUGCAAUUCGCGCUGGAGCGCGGUGUGCCGGCCUUCAUCGGCGUCCUUGGCUCCGUCAAGCUCCCAUUCCCUCCAAGAUCCUUUGACAUGGCGCACUGCUCCCGGUGCCUCAUCCAGUGGUCCGGCAACGGCGGGAUGUACAUGAUGGAGGUGGACCGGGUGCUCGGGCCGGGCGGGUAUUGGGUCCUCUCCGGCCCGCCGAUCAACUGGAAGGCGAAUCACAGGAAGUGGCAGCGCACGGAGGAGGACCUGGGAGGCGAGCAGAAGAGGAUUGAGGAGUACGCGCAGAUGCUCUGCUGGGAGAAGGUCACCGAGAUGGCCGAGAUUGGCGUGUGGCGCAAGCGGACGGACACGGCAGCGUGCCCGGCCAUGCCGCCGGCGGUCCAGGCCUGCGACCCGGCAAAUCCCGACGACGUCUGGUACAAGAACAUGGAGACGUGCAUCACGCCGUCCACCACUGCCGCCGGAGGAGAACUGCAGUCGUUCCCGGAACGGCUGAAGGCCAUCCCGCCACGCAUAAGUUCUGGCGCCGUCCAGGGCUUCAUCGUGGAGUCGUACGAGGAGGAGAACCGACGGUGGGAGAGGCAUGUGAAGGCAUACAGGAAGGUUAACUACAAGCUCGACACCAAGCGGUACCGGAACAUCAUGGACAUGAACGCCGGCGUGGGCGGCUUCGCGGCGGCGAUCUUCUCCCCCAUGUCCUGGGUGAUGAACGUGGUGCCCACCGCCGCCGAGCUCUCCACCCUCGGCGUCAUCUAUGAGAGGGGUCUCAUUGGCAUCUAUCAUGACUGGUGUGAAGCAUUCUCUACCUACCCAAGAACCUAUGACCUCAUCCAUGCCAACGGAGUAUUCAACAUCUAUAGGGACAAGUGCAAGAUGGAGGACAUCAUGCUGGAGAUGGACCGGAUUUUGCGCCCUGAGGGCACGGUGAUCCUCCGGGAUGACAUCAACGUCCUGCUGCGGGUGGACAAGGUGGCGACGGGGAUGCGGUGGAAGACGAUGAUGGCAAACCACGAGGACAGCCCGCACAUCCGAGAGAAGGUGCUCUACGCUAUCAAGCCCUACUGGACCGCCGACAGCGACAAAAGCUCCCAAGACCAAGAGAAGAAGGCAACCUCUUCUAAGGGCAAGGGCUCAGACUCAGAGGUGUGAAAUGGUGAGUGAGAUGAGAUGGGCUGAUGCACUGCAACUCAGGAGA